AUGGGAAUGAAAAGUUUGAACGUGAUAUCAUGGCAUUAUCAGACACCUGAAAGAAGAGCUCUAAAAAGAAAUCGAUUAGGACCACCCGAUGUUUAUCCGCAAGAUGUAAAACAGGAAGAAGAUAAUUUAGGAGCCGAUCGUUUGAAAAAAGGUUAUCAAGUUGCUGUGACAUCUUAUGAACAUGAAUCAAUUGUUUAUAACGUAAAGAUGCCACGAUUGGAUCGUUUGGAUGAUACGAUGUUACGUGGAGCACAGUUAGUAAUGCAAAUAAUGGCAAAAAAAAUGGAAUUAAAUGCAAAUCUUGAUAAAGAAAGAAGGCGUGCCGGAAGUGUUAUUACUAAAGAUAGUACUGGAAGCGGAGGGAAUGGUGUAGGAGGUGGCCCACAAAUAUAUUUCCAACAGUUUAGCCAUAAUGCGGAAAAAGCGAAGAAAUCAAAGGAAAGAAAUGACUGGUUCACUGAUUUAGCUCAUGGCAAACCUUUAGCAGUGUUAGCCCGGAAACCACCAUUUUUUCGCAAAAAGGAAGAUGCAUUGGAAUACUUAUGUGAUUAUAAAGUACCAGUUAAUCGAGCACUAUGGUUCCUAAAACUAAUUGCUGUCAGUGGUCAAGGAUGUAAUAGUAACGUGAACAAACAGAAAAAAUCUACUACUGACCAGCUGGCUUCCGAAUUCGCAUCCCUUUUUACGAAAUAUAUAAAGUUAAUGCUUAAUCAGAUGAGCGAUAGCGCCAAACUAGAAUCGAACAUUGUUUAUACUGAUCGAUGGCCACAUUUUGUAUACAUUUGUAAACAUGCAUACGAGGAUGGAAUGGUUGAGAAGCAAGAAUUUUUGAUGGAUUUAUUGGAUAUAUUCAAUGACCGGUUUGUGCAGCCUAUUGAAAAUCGUAAAAAUGACAAGACAUUAAUUCAUCCUUUUUUGCAUCAUGGAUCCGGAUUCGCUUCAGCUUCAAGUACCAAUCAGUCCCAUUAUGUCACAUUGUUACGUCUUUUUCUUCUAUUUAUUUGUCAAUACACGGAUCAAAUUACACAAAAUAUAGUAUUAUCGAAAAGAUGUGCAUUUUUGGUAUGUCAUAGAUUGGAACUGUAUCGAGACGAAGCUGAGGAGCGGGAAGGAAGAUCAGUGGAUUGUGUUGAGCUAUUCGAUGAUAUGCAGCAAUGCAUUCAUCAGCGUGCAAUAAUUUUGACACUUUGUGGUAUGCUCUAUGCUAUAUUAAUUGAUUGCCCUGCUGCUCUGAUAUGGAAUAAAUACGAAGUUUCACCAGGACGUCCGCCAACAAUGCUUCAUCAAUUGUGCGGUUCACCACUGGAUCAUCUGCCUUGUCCGUUCGAAAGCCUUCCUUUACCACCAGGUCACGGUACUGAGCGAUUGCAGGAGUUCAUUCAACUUCGGUUGGCUGAAGUACGACGUCGUUCUCGUGCUUGCGAAAAUAAAUGGUCAUUGAAUUAUGCACAGAAGAAGGGAUUUGCAGCUUUGGUUUUGCAAUGUCUGGAAAUAGUUGGCGUACUUGAUGCUGCACGUCUGGACCAACCAAACUGCGUCGAAAAAAUCUAUGCAGUGAUUUUUAACGGACCGUCCAAAGAAAGCUUUGAGCACGAACAUGCAAUCCGCGUGAAGAUGCUUCUACAGUGGGCAGUAACAGUAGAAAGGGAAGGUACUCAUCGUGCUAUACUUGUCGCUCAGCUGCUUGCAUUCCGGAUUAAUCAUCGAAAAACGUUUAAAUUUGCUCGGUUGCUUAAAAUAAACCUUAAGAUAACCCUUAAGAUAGCUGGUAUAAAAAAGCCUUAUAUUAGCUGUCGAAAGAAAGCAGUUAAUAUCAGUUUUGAUCUAACACAUAUCGGUUCGUUAACUCUGCAAGAAAUAUUGUUAGAGUUUCUUGUGACAGAAGGGCCGGAUCCAGAAAAUACCGACAAAAACCGUUUUUCUCAAGAGUUUGCUAAUCUAAUGCUUCUGUUUAUUGAGUUGCAACGUGCUGGUGUUUUUUCCCAUGAUUUAUAUAUGAAGGAAUUAAUUCGGACUGGUGAAAUGUUGGAAUAUAUACCAUUAAUGCAAAAAAUCAGGAAACGUAAGGAAGAUAAACAAAAACAGCAUCAACAGUUAUCGAACACGGUUGCAUUUCCGUCGACAUUUGUAUCUCAACCAAAUGAAACAACUGCAGCGCUCUUAACAGGAGCAGUAACGACACCACCUCCACUUGUAACGAUGCCGUCUGAAUUACCCGACGAGCACCCAUUUUUGUUUAAAGAUUUAUCGGUGCAUGAACGGCUAUUGAUACAUUUACCCAUUCCGCAGUCAGCUGAAUAUAGAAGCGAAUGCAAUCAGAGAUCUCUUCUACUAUAUGGAAUUGGUGCGGAACGUGACGCUGUGAAACUGGAAUUGAGGCGUUUGGCACGUGAAUUAGCAAAACUUUGGCAAAAGCGAAUUGUUGUCGAAUUUUCUUUUAAUAAACCGUUGGAAAUUCGAUUUAAAAAGCGAACUACACGUGAACAACUUCAAGAAAGCAUGGCUAAAUUCAGAUCAUGUACAUACUAUGAUCAACUUGUUCUUUGUGGCUGGUGCUGUGAAUCUUUCAUUCAAAUGGUGCAGGAUUUUGUUGAUGGACACAGUUGCCUAUUGCCGACCGCUGAAGGGCUUGAUAUCAUCUUAGAAAUGUGUGAGCUAGCACAGAAUAUUGCGGGUAUUAUGGAGCUCGCUGAAGAGUUACUACCUCUAUUAGUAUUAAUUGAACGAGUACUUCUGGAGCGUCGUGUUGACUGUGUUCCAAGUAAUUUAUCAGCUCAACUUGGUUAUGUUCUAACUGCAUACAUUUCUCAUAAUUAUUAUUACUUUCUGUACUCUCAAAAUGCACCCAAUAUUGUACAAGGAUUAUACCGGGUAAUUGAAAGUCAGCUGAAAUCAUCAGAUUUUUGUUUAACAGGAUGGGGACGUACUAUUGCUGUUUUUGUACUCGAUGCAAAGAAACAACUCAUUGAAACUGGUUUGUGUAGUCGUAAAAUUGAAGCAAAACGCGAACUGCUAAAACGGGUGAUACCGCCGUGGAAACCGGCGCACAAUAUUGGCGAUAGGAAUCCAUGUGGAGGACAGCGAUAUGCGUAUAAUGCUAGCACUUUUAAAGAAUUGCUGGAGGAACCAAAGCGUAUAUUUUCCUUUAAUGAAUAUCGUCGUUUGCAUGCAGUUAUCGAUGGAACAGAUGAUGCACGAUACAGUUUUGUUGUCAGCGCAUUGCUUGCUGUAGUACACGGAAUUGGCAAUGUAGGCGGAAAUGAUAAUACGGGAAUUGGUAGUGGUUCAGCAGCAGUGGAACGACUUACAGGGGAUCGGUUGGUUGAAUUAGCGAAUAUUUGUGGGCAUGUUAGUGCUCAAGCAGCUCAAGUAGAGAAAUAUUUGGACUGGUGUGGUGCUCUUCAAGCACUUUGUUGUUCAAGUUUGCAAGGUGGGACUUCAGCAUUCCCGGAUCUCCUGAUGGAAAUUAAUGUAGAAGACUCAACAUGUCAUUAUAAUAUUGCGACAUUUUAUAUGCUUCUGGCGGGGCGUAGCUGUUUCAGUAUAAAUGCAUUGGUUCAUCAAUUAUUACAUACAGCCUUGAAGUCAUUACUUAACUGUGGAAUUGGCAAAGUACUAGAUGCGGAUGCAGAAGCUGGUGUUUGUUUAGCACUUUUGGUGCUAGCUAAUAUUGUAUGUCAAAGUGACCAACCAAUCAUUCUUUCACCGCAGUAUACUGGUGAGCGAAUCAGUUCGAACAUCUGUAAAGCGGAUCGAUGGAUCUUAACAGAAGGUCAUUUGCAUGAUAUAGGCGAUGAAGUUUGCGCACUGCUGGUUACAAUUUGUAUGAUUGCCGAUUACACCAAGCAUAAACUGAGAGAUCGAUACUCGGAUGAGUAA